GAAUUUCGAUUCUAGCUGUCGACGGUGACACAUUUACUGAUUUACUUAGCCCUCAGAAAUUCUUUCAUUCAGUAUUUUUGCAUUUUGCUAUUUUUUCAUUUGUCGUGCUUGCUGGCGGUUUAUUUGUCAUUCACUUAUUCUCAACAAUAUGGAACAAAUAGUCAAGAUUUUUGUACACCAAAGUUACUUCAUAGACAAUGAUUUAGUUGUUGACUAUAAUGUGGAACAAGAAGCUCUUAUAAAUGUAUCCCCUAAAGAUUGGAUAGCAUUAAUACCUAAAGGAUGGUCUGGAGUAGAUGAACAAGUUGCUUUUAAAACUAUUGAUAGUGAUUGCGAUGUAGCAAAUUUAGCAAUUAAAUCAGUUAUUAUGGAGAAAAAGUGUUUCCAAGAUGUCGUUGAGUGUGAGAAACAUUAUCAAUUAAUGUAUAUUAGCCAACAUUUAGAGAUAUUAGGUAGAAGUGAAUACUUUAUAUUUCUACAUCAAUCUGGAACUUGCAACUGUAUUCCUUCAUCAAUACAAAAUGAAACUAAAGACAAUUCUAAGCAAAGUCAAUUAUCUUCAGCCUCUAGCCGCAACAAACCACUACGUAGACAAUCGCCAACACCACGUGCAUUUUAUAAAAACCGACCUCAAUCACAAAAUAGUGUGGUAAAAAGUGAAAAAUUAAAACCUAAACAAUGGUCAACAAAUAAAUGUCAUAAAUGUAAUGCAUCAACCAACUUUUCAGCGCUUGAAAGUGCAUACCUUGCAAAAAUUCAAGAUUUAACAACAAAUAAUGAAGUGAUGGAACAACGUUUACUGACAUUUGAAAAAGAUUUGGUUGAUACAUUAGAAGUAGUUAAUAAACAAUUCAAAUUAAGUACAGCCAUUUCACAACAAAAACAAAAUAUUCAAAAAUUCAUUGAUGAUUUAGUUGAUGGCUUAGUUAAUGACGGCAGGAUAACAUUUUGGGCUCAUGAUCAAGAGUUUUCAGUUGUUAGAGAAUACCCAGAAAAAAACCAAAUCUCUCCUCUGCCAGAUGAAUGCCCAUUGUCCAUUAAUAAGUCAUUAAAUUUGUCCAAAGAAGUUUAUAUGAAAGCUAUUAUUGGUCAACAAGAGGAAACUAUUCAACAUCUUGUCGAUAAAAUAAAGGAUUUUUUUGAUCUUUUUCUCAAAGUAAACUCCCAGGCAAAUGAACAAGAUAAGUCAGAUUCAACUUCAUCUGAAAGUAAAAUAAAUAUAGGUUAUAUGGAUAGUUCAGGAACUACAUAUUUCUCUCCUCCAUCAUAUAUUACUAAUACUUUGAACGAUAUAAAUUUGUAUUUGGCCAAUACUGUCAAUUAUAAUAACAAAAUUGAAAAAAUGGAGAUGAAUGAAAAUGUUUGUAACUGGACAAACAACACAUUUUCUGGUACUGAAUUUUCUACAACUCUGGAAUCAAAUGUAACCCCUACAUUAAGUAACGAAGUCAAAGAAAAAAUAUUGACCUUCGAAGAUUGGAAAAAAGAAAAAACAGAAUUUACAUUGUUUACUCAAUCACCUGAAAACUGUACCAAUGAAAAAACAAACGGAUUGAAUAUUAAACAAUAAAUUGGACACAGAUAAAAGUAAUAAUUUUACUUAAGGAGGUAAAAAUUCUUUUGGGGUGGGUUCAUUCUUAUUUACUAACUAAAUAUUUUCUUUGUUUAUUGUACAUUAAAAUAACUGAACUUGAAAAACAUAUAAUAAAUUGUAUAAAAUUAGUUAUAAAUCCAAAGAUUGGUAUUUUAUACAAUUCAAUUGAAAUAUUUCUUUAAUUGGAGAUUAAUGUUCUGCAAUAUUACCAUAUUAUGAGAAUUAUUUUGAUACUAAAUGUAUUAAUUUUAAAUUUUUGUCAUAUAAUUUAGUUUGCUAUUAGGUCAAUACUGAAGACAAUGUUUGUUUAUCAGUAGUCUUAAACAUCAAAUUUCUUAUGAAUUUAUAAAACAUAUCAUUCAAAUAUUACAUUAGAAGAAAAUUAACCUAUACUUAAAUUUUUGUAAUUUUUUACUGAUCUCAUAUCUUCUUCUCAUUAAACUUAAAUAUAAAAAAAAAAAAUAUUGAAAAAAUGAAUUUUUAUAAAAUAUUUAAAAAGUAAAAUUUAAUAAAUUGUACAGUUCUUUUCUAUACUGAUCAGAAGUCAAUAGGCUUAAAAAAUCCAUAGUCAUGGAGGGGUGGAUAAAAGAUACAUAGUGAAAUAAGUUAUUCUGAAAGUGUAUGAAUAAUAGAUACAGAUUACUUUGUAUGAUAAUAUGUGUAUUCGUCAAUAUUUAAAAUGUUCUAAUAUAUUAUUUGUUCCUUUUAGAUGUUCCUCGUAACCAUAAUUUUAUAAUUUUAUUUGUAAUGAUACUGGAGUUCAGAUUUACUUUUGGAGUUUUUUUUUUAAUUUUUUCAUAAUCAAUAAUAUAUAAUCCAUAAUAAUUAAUAUGUUAUUUUUCAUAUUGGUUUUUUUUCCUAUAUUCCAAAAUUGUAAUUCCAUAAAUAAAUACCAAUUGAUUUUUUUUUUUUUUGCUGUAAUUUAACAUAAAUUAAUAUAUUGUUUGACGUUUGUAAUAAAUUGUAUUCAAAGUUUAAAAUAUAUGAUGUAUUAAUUGCUUUAAAAAACAAUUCUUUUAUAAUUAAAUAACUAAUUUUGAAGUUGGA